AUGCUUUACAGAAACGCCGCUGCCCGCUCGGUCCUCCGGGCUAUCUCCAGCUCCAAUGCCUCUGUCGCCAGGUCGACUCUCGGCAACAAUGUCUUCAAGGCCCAGCUGGCCACGUCGGCUCGCCAUGCCAUUCGCCCGACCCCCAGCAUGGCUCUGGCUGCUCGCAAGCCCGUCACCACCGCGCUUGUCCGAUACGCCUCGACUUCCAGCAAGGACGGCGAGGACCAGGACCCCGAUGUGAUGGCUGGUAUGAAGUCCGAGGCGAAAGUGAUCAAGGACACCUUCAGCCUUGAGGAGGUCCCCAAGGAGGCUCUUUACCUCGGCAUGGCUGGUGUGAUCCCCUACCUUGCUACCUCCGUCCAGACCGUCCUUCUCUCCAACGAGAUCAACCGUGCCGCUACUGUCGGUCACGGUGACGGCCUCGUCUUCUCCGGCCAGAGCGCUGAGCUCAUGCUCCACAUGCUUGAGCCCAUCCAGGUUGGCUACGGUGCUGUGAUCCUUUCCUUCCUCGGUGCCGUCCACUGGGGUCUUGAAUGGGCCGGCUACGGCGGCAAGUUCGGCUACAAGCGCUACGCGGCUGGUGUCAUUGCCCCCGCUGUCGCAUGGCCUACCCUGCUGCUCCCCGUUGAGUACGCACUGAUCAGCCAGUUCCUCGCCUUUACCUUCUUGUACUACAACGACGCCCGUGCUGCCACUCAGGGCCGUGCCCCCCACUGGUACAGCAUGUACCGAUUCGUCCUGACCUUUGUUGUCGGCGCCAGCAUUGUGGCUACUCUGGUUGGCCGUGAGCAGAUCACCAACACGAUCAGCUCCGAGCACACCAUCUCGGACAAGAUCAACGCCCUGAUCUUCCUGCAGAAGAAGGAGAAGGAGGAGGCUGAUGCCCGCCGCCGGGCAGAGCUUGGCGAGGAGGACUCUGAGUAA